AUGUUCCGACAGAUUGACUCAACCCUCCACUUCACCGUCGGAAAUCGCACGACCCGUUCCGAACCGGUCGGCCAACGGGCAACGCACCGCAAGUUUGCCUGGCGGGCGCACAUCAGCGGCAAACGCACCCAAGAUGCCGACCCAAGGCGGGGUGGAAAUACCACGCUGCUCCAAAGCUGCUUGCCGAGUCCCGUCCCUGUGCUCUUGGAAUUUCCCAUCUACAUUUGCUGCAGUCUUGCUGCUUCGCCGCCAAACUACCUCGACGACACGGGGUCCGUAUUAGUCGCUGUUUUUCUUCUCGCAGCAAUGUCGGCGACGACGAGCCAGAAACAGGGCGUCCUAGCCUCUGAGGAGGGCAAUGAUGACGAUUUACAGCAGCAAGUUUCUCGUGCUUCCCUUCUCUUUGGUCGCAAGGUCCUCGGAGUGGUCGACUCCACGCCCACCACGGACGAGGCGAGAAUGAGACUCAAGAUGGACCUGUAUCUCAUCCCUCUUGUCAGCCUCAUCUACCUGCUCGCAUUUAUUGACCGGUCGAAUAUUGGGAAUGCUGCCAUUGCCGGCCUCUUGAAGGACCUGAACAUGCACGGUUUCGAUCUCAGCAUCUCCCUCUCCAUCUUCUUCAUAUCCUACAUUGUGUUCGAGAUCCCCGCCAACCUCUUGUGCAAGCGGAUCGGGCCGGCGUGGUUCCUCUCCAGUGCCAUUCUCGGCUUCGGCGUGCUCACCAUCUGCACAGGACUGGUCCGGUCCUUUUCGGCCCUGUGCGGCGUCCGCUUCGUGCUGGGCAUCUUUGAGGCUGGCAUCAUGCCCGCGCUCGUCUACUACCUGUCGCGUUGGUAUACCCAUAGCGAACUGACGUUUCGCGUGUCCCUGUUCAUCAUCUCGGCGGCGCUGGCCGGCGCUUUCGGCGGUCUUCUUGCGUCUGCCAUCCUCUCUAUACCGCAUCUUGGCAGCUUGUACUCAUGGAGACUGAUCUUCCUCAUAGAAGGUAUGUGUCGGCGCAUCAUUUUGAUUGCCGUACUGACGCUGAAAACCGCACCAUGGCUUUCUGCAGAAGAAAAGGUCCUGGCCAAGGCCAGACUGGACGCCGAGAGGUACACCACCGACGAUUCUGUCGCCGAAUUCCGCUGGUCCAAGGUGCGCCUGGGCAUCUGCAAUCCCGUCGUUCUCACCACCACCACCAUUUUCCUCCUCAACAGCAUCACCGUGUACGGCGUUUCCUUCUUCCUGCCCACCAUUGUCAAGACCAUUUUUCCGGAAAAGUCUGUCCGCAUGCAGCAGCUCCUGACCGUCCCGCCGUACUUUGUCGGGGCCAUUGCAUGCGCGCUGACGAGCUUCUGGAGCUGGAAAGCGCAGCAACGCGGUGUCUUUAUGAUCUUCUGCGCGCCGCUGACUGUGGUCGGGUACAUCAUCUUUUUGGCGACAUCAAACCAGCACCUCCGUUACGGGGCGACGUUUUUGCCGUUUCUUGGAAUAUUCACGUACGGCGCGCUGACAAACUCGCACGUCGCGGCCAAUGUGGCCUCGGACACGGCCCGGACUGCUGCCAUUGCUGUCAACGUCAUGGGCUGCAACAUUGGUGGCUUGGUGUCGGCAUGGGCCUAUGUGCCUUCUGAUUCUCCUAAUUAUAGAAUCGGUAAUGGGCUUAAUUUGGCGGCACAAGCAUCCAUGAUUGUCAUUGCGACCGGUCUCUACUAUUGGAUCAAGUACGAUAAUAAACGCCGAGACGACAGACAGGCAAAUCAGCCUGAAGACCUUGAUGUACAGGACAUGGACACGUUGGACUGGAAGCAUCCCAGAUUUAGGUGGCGUAAAUAG